CCCAACUGAGACACAACGCGAGGCUCAUUUUCUUGGGUACAUGAUUACUAUUUCCUCACAGAAAGUGUCAGUUGGCACUAGAAGAAUUGGAGCAAAAAUAUUUUUUGUAAAACUUGUUGAUUUGACGUCUCUGCGUAGUUUUCGUUUCAUUAAAGAAAACUGGGCGGGAUAAGAGAUACUCGGAUUUGUCGGUCUCGGCAGUUGCCUAACUUGCCCACUCCCUCCUUCCACCUGGAAAGAAACUUAAAUGGAGGCUCGAGUCUGUGGGAGAAUCUCUGGAAGUACCUACCGAUAGACUGUGUGAGAACGCAGCAAAUCAUAGAACAGAAGAGCUGUUUUAUUUUAUAAAUAAAAAUACUUUAUUCAGUUCAGACACUCUAGCCGGCACACAACCAGGGCUUGUUUAUCACCCCGGGGCCAAAGACUUAAAGACUGAAGGAUGGCUCAGAAUUCACACUCCAGCUCCAGUGGGUCUCAGUAUGCUCUGUGUGCUCUGGGGGUGGGCCUGAUCGCUCUGGGCGUGGUGAUGAUCGUGUGGAGCGUGGUGCCAGGGAACGCAGUGCCUUCUGGGAACAGCAGCAAGCCAGAGUUGGGUCCAGAGACAGACUCCACCAAGGGGAAGACCUCGUCUGUGGCGUUCGUUCUGGUGGGCAGCGGAGUGGCUAUGCUGCUGCUUUCCAUCUGCCUGACUAUUCGCAACAAACAUCGGCAAAAUCGACAUGAGGCUGAGGCCACCGACGUGGAAUACGAGGACAGCGAGUCUCCAGAUGAGAGGCAGGAAGUGCCAGAGGGGCACGUCCCGGCAUAUAACGUUCCCAGCUAUGAAGAAGUGGUGGGGAGCAGCGAGUACCCAGUCAGGCAGAGCAACCUCCACAACAGCCUCUCCCUCCCCUCCUACGAGUCGCUAGCGGAUGCACUGGAGAUAGAAGCCUCUGCGGAAGCUGCUACCAACACAGACGGGCGGACCCCUCCCGACGCCAUCGCCACCACGCAGCAGCCACCACAGCAACAGGCUGGUCGCCAAAACGCACGCUCCAGCAAGAAGUUCAAACCGUUAAAGGUCCGCAGGAUCAAGUCUGACAAAUCGCACUUGAAGGACUUCAGGCUUAAAAUCCAAAACUCGAACAACAGCGGACUGGUCACCAUUGAGCCCCUGACCCCACCACCAAUGUAUGACGAAGAGAUUCAAGAUAAAAACCUGGCUGUGUAAACCCGACCUGACAGGCUUGCCACAGGGGGGAGCCACUGUCCCAUUCUGAAAAACCACUGCAGUGCCAACCGGCCAACCCAGGACCCUGACCUUUUUUUAAAAGGUGUUUUUUAAACGUUUUUUUACUGAAACGAAUGUGCUUGGAUCUUUAAUAGAUGUUGGGGACCUUCGGCCAGUUUGUGUUCACAGGGACGCUAAUAUUGUGUACGAAGAGCCAAGUUAGAUUUUUAUCAAAUAGGAGGAGUGGGGGAAUGUGAUUACAGGCAGUCUACUUUGAUAAAGUGAUUUAGCGAUAAAUUCUGUCUUGCGCAUUUUGGGCCUGAUGUUCCUACUGUAGAAUAACCUAGUUUGUUUGUUUCUUUGAAAGUUGUUUUGUUGGGGGGAGGGGGGUGGAAGCUCUGAUGGCAAGGACAUAUCUUGGGAGUUCAAGAAGCUAAAGACCUGUGGAAGGAAUUGAACGUACACUACAAAGGAUAAAGCAGUGGAUCUAGUUUAACAAUCCAAACAGUCACAGAUCUUGAUAACUCUACCUUUUUUAUUAUUAUUAUUAUUAUUAUUAUUAUUAUUAGUAGUAGUAUUUAUUAUACAAAUUGGCAUUUUAAUUCAAUCAAUGGUUCCUGUGUUUUUAUUUGGAUCUGACUAUGAAGGAUCUGUCACCUGGGCACAAAACUUCAACCAAAAAAUGCCUGUCGUCUUGUUUUGUUUCUUUUCUUUUUGUACACUGAGAUUUCUGUGCAUUUUUUAAUAAUAUAUUGAACCCCUUAGAAGAUUAACAUACUAUGACAUGUAAUAUUGCCAAGCUCAUGCCUGUUAGAACUAGUUCAAUUUGUAUUCGCUAACGGCAGCUGUACAUGAAGGUGUUACACCCUGUGACUCUUGCAAUAUGAAUUUCUAAUAAAGUACAUUAAUGAGCACUGACGUUGAUGUGUAAAUAUAGAAGAUUGACUGUAUUAACAAAGGCAGUUUGGUUUUUUUGAGGAAAUGAGAGAGAGAAAUGUUUAUAAUCCGUUAGUAUGUUAAAAGAAGGAAUUUCAUUUUUGACAGCGUCAGUCAGAACUGCAAUCCCUGGUGAGGUGCCAGCUACCACAAAACUUUGCACCAAGGCAACCAUAGUUCUUAAAUUAUUAUUUACAGAUCAUUGAUGAAUUUUAAGCACAAAUUAUAUGUGUGUAUUUCAGACUAAACACUGUAGGGUCAAUUCAGUUGAUCUAAACCCUGUCAUUAAAACACAACCCUCCUUGUUGUUUUACAUACAUUGAGAGAGAAAUGCACUAGAGAGAUUCACAGCAUGCACUGUUAGAUGUUUUCAUAACUUUGGUGCACAAAGAGCAUCAUUUUAAUUAUCGAAACAGGGUCCUAUAUAUAUUGCCCCUGCUGAAUCAUAAAACACGAUGAAAAUGACACUCUUCUUGAAACGUAUGUCGACUAAGUUUCUUUAGUUUUACUCGAUUUUUAAACGGUACCCAAACUGUUUUAAAUUGAACAAGCCAUCUUACAGUAAUUAAAAGGAAUCGAUCUGCUGCCUGGCCCCUUUCUGUAGUGUGGCAUUCCCUUGCCUGCAGGCACAAGGACAUGUGAGGGGAGCUGGUGUGAAGUGGUGCCAGUGAGACAUUCUGUAGCGAGAUGGAAAAGGGGAUGGUGUUUGGAAUUCCUAAUACACACGCCAGGGCAGCACAUGGGGUGCUGCAUUACAGUGUUCUAAACUUUACUGCAGUGUCUCGCACACUGAUACAAACACUCACAUCUGAUUGGCACGCCUGGUUACCUGCUUUAUCUUGAUGAUCCCUGACGAACAGCAUCUUUCACUUUCUUAAACGUCAGGUAGCUUAUUUUCAGACGUGUGGUUUAUAAAAUGUGCUUAUACAAAAAGAAACAUCUAUACAAUAGUGGUGGCUAACUAUGGUGACUAUGGGGCUUGUGUUACAACAAACAUUGAUGGCACUUCCCAAACGCACCUGAGCGUAUUAUUAUGGCGAUUAUUGUUUAGUUUUUGUUUUAUGAUUGAAAUCAAUAUUGAACACAAACAUGUAUUUAUUUUUUAAUGACUUUACAUUUUUUUAAAAAUUAAUGUCUCUCAGUCUUUCAAGAGAAAUAAAGGAUUGUAUUUAUUACCA